AAAAUAUUUACAAUAUACCCAGGAGACCUUUCACGGUUUUUGUCUCAGUAGUGGUUCAGUAAGAGCCUGUAGAGGACUCUUGUCGUGACUGUAUAUUCAUCCAAGCCGGGGGACAUGCAUUAGGUGUAUACGGUGCGUACUAAGUGACAAGGCGGAUUGGUCGAGACGGCGCUCUUCGUGAUUUCCUUUUAGAGAGAGCGGCGCGGGGUUUGGGAAAACGGGGAGGUGAUGUGAGGCUGUAGCCGGUUUGAAGGCUCCCGGGGACAGCAGCAGCAGCAGCAGCAGCAGCAGCAGGAACACUUCAGUGAAAAAAAGGGGGAAACUUUGUGUUGGUAGUUUACACCGUGUUCGUUGGUUUUUACUUUCAUUUCGGUUUAUUUGAAUGUGCCUGCUUUACAAUAUUUCCUGCGUAUACGAACACCGACGGCUGCUCGGCGUUUAGGCGUCUCACGUUUUCUCAUGAAUAGGAUGUUAUCCAGCCCGGCUGGGACGGCACUGAGCGGAAACGGAUCAGCGGGCGCGAGUGGCGCGGCUCACGGCUCUGUGGUGCUCAGCGGUGCUCUGCGUACGGGGCUCGUCCGGGCCGGACAAGUAGUGACUAGCGGAGGUCCUUUCCCUGUUGCAGCAGGACGUUUGGGGGAAAGCGCGGGGAUGCUGGGAGGUAGCGGGCCUGGGAUCUCGUCCAGACCGGGUGUCAGACCAGGGAACGGUAGCGGACUGAGCGCACUUCAAGCCGCCACUCAGCCCGGUAUGGGCGUAGGACUUGGUGUAAUGAGCGCCAGAUUUGACCGGGACAAAGAAGUCGGCGUACCGCAGGUAUGCAGCGCUUCUGACGCGGACUCCGAAUCGGGAGACGAGGACGAACCGACUGGCUCUUCGGGAACCAGCAGGCGGGGAGUGAAGCGAGAGAGAGCGGAGAUGGAAGGCGCAGGAAUCUGCCAAGAGGCCGAAGCUCAACCUGGGGGUUACGGGGUGCUGACCGGCGGAGUCGCCGGAGCAAAGCCGGGCAAGAAAACACGCGGGCGAGUCAAGAUUAAGAUGGAGUUCAUAGAUAACAAGUUGCGACGGUACACGACUUUCAGCAAGAGGAAGACUGGUAUCAUGAAGAAGGCUUAUGAACUCUCCACACUAACGGGUACUCAGGUGUUGCUUCUGGUGGCGAGUGAAACAGGCCAUGUGUACACGUUUGCCACACGCAAGCUCCAGCCCAUGAUCACCAGCGAGACUGGCAAGGCACUGAUCCAAACAUGCCUGAACUCUCCAGACUCCCCUCCCCGCUCAGACCCAUCUACAGACCAGCGCAUGAGUGCCACAGGCUUUGAGGAGACUGACCUUACCUAUCAGGUGUCUGAAUCUGAGAGCCUCGGGGAAACCAAGGACACUCUGAAGCCAGCCUUCACUGUGGCCAGUUUGCCAGGUAGCACCAGUGCCCAGGCAACAGUGCCCACCACUUCCACCACCAUGCAAGUGAGCAGCGGCCCCUCCUUCCCCAUCACCAACUACCUGGCACCAGUGUCUGGGAGUGUCAGCAGCGUCAGCGGGAGCACCCUAGCCAACACUAAUGGGACUGUUCUGAAGAGCGCAGCUGCCACUGGAGGGGUCAUGCAGCUUCCUGGAGGAUUCACUUUCAUGUCAGGCACUUCUUUCCCUCCUGGUACUCCGGCCAUCCCGUUGGGGCAGCUGCAUCAGCAUUCUCUGGCUCUACAGGGGCAACAGGGUCAGACUCUAACUACUGCCACCGUUACAGCUACACAGACCCCCCAGGCCCAGCAAGCAGUGUUUCGCCUCCCUGCUGUCUCUCUCACAGGAGGAGCCAUGCCCCAGCAGCUCCAAGCCAUCCAGGUGCAGCCCAGCACUCAGUCCAGCUCAAUCAACACAGACAGCAGCAGCCCUGAGAUCUCCCAAACUAGCACUGCCUCCACAGCCACAGUCAGCCUCCCUGCUACUAUAGUCACAUCGUCAGUGCCCACUUCUGUAGCAGGUCACAUGAUGUACCCAAGUCCCCAUGCCGUGAUGUAUGCCUCAACUCCCACACUGACCGAUGGGGGCCUGGCUGUACUCAACGCCUUCUCCCAGAGCGCCUCAGCUAUGCAGGUGUCCCACGCACAGGCCUCGGAUACAGGUGCUGUUCCUCAGGUGUUUCUCACAGCACCCCCUGGCACGGUGCAGAUCCCCGUUUCAGCGGUGCAGCUACAUCCAGUACGGCAAGAUCUCCAAUUUACAAAUGGUGAUUGGCCAGCAGUCCAGCGGCAGUAACAGUAAUCUGACUGAGCUUCAGGUGGUCAGUAUGGACACCACGCAGAGCACCAAGAGUGAUUGACAGUGCCGCUAAUCGACGGCCUGCCAGAGACUUACAUCGCUAUUUAUUGAUGCCUUGUUCCAUUUCGAAUCAUUUCAUUCAUUUUUAUGCCAUCCAAGUGUGCGGUUGUACAGUUUGUACUGUAAACGUAUGUCCUGAACUCUUAAAGACACUGAUGAAUUGAGAUAAAGUAAGUCUUCUCAAUUCCAGUGUGUCUUGAAAUUUUUAGGACUCUUCCGACAUGCGUUUUUUGCAUGUUAUUUGUAUGCGUGGGAAAGCACGAGUGUUCAAUUCGUCAAAGGGAAAUGAAAAACAGUGUUACUCAACUGUUGCACACACUGCAGCCUCUCACUUUGGCCAAAGAUGAAUUAUUUUGUCAGUAUUUCUGUGUGGAUCUAUUUGUGUGUGCACGCUUGAAUAGGGAAAAGUUGUGGAGGUGUAAGCUAUAUCGGGUAAGAAAGCAAUCUCAAGUAAGAAUGAUAUUAAUAGGUGGUGGCUUUGAAUAAAAUUAAACCAGAGCUGUACAUAUAUUUUUUUCUAUUAUUUUAGCGAUAGUGCAAUGGCAUGUGCUGUAGUUUUGUGUGUGGGUUUUUUUUGUUUUGUAUUUUACGUAUACAAAAGUAUUAACUGAUUGUAAAUUUAUGUAAUAUACAUAUAUUUUAUCGAUUACAUGAUCAUGGAGAAAGAGUGCUUUUUUUUUUUUUUUUUUUUUGGCAAGGUUGUUUGUAACAAAAAGAGGAUUAAAAAAACCCUCAUGAUUUCAUAAUUUUUACUGUAUUCUCUAGUUAUAAUCUGUUAUGCAUUGGCCAGCUGUCUUUGUGCUGUAGUACUGUUACCAAAGGCUGUAGCAGAGUCGCUGGGGAAAAAAAAGGUAAUUAAUGGCUUAUGAAAAUUUUUCACCCCAAUAUCUCUUUGUAGUGGUUCAGCCUGGAACUGAAAUGGACCUCUUAUGACCCUUUGUCAUGAAUGUACUGAUCGCUGACAUGGUGGUCACAGACUUUUUAAAUUUCCCAAUUAUACUCCCACCAGCUAGCUCACACAGCAGGGGAUGAGAUUGAAGACCUUGCUUUCUCUGAGACAUGUACAGCCAGCCAAUGAGUCUUUUUAAACCGCUCCUUAUUCUGCAUCACAGGGUAGCAUACUAUGUUUGGGAGAAAGCACCAACUGCCAUUUUCUCUUACAGAAGUUCUCAGGCCCCUAGUUGGUUAAAGUUGCUUAGAUUGAUAAGUGAGAAAAUAAGCAGGUUAAAAAGAAAUCAUGAUUUAUGAUGUCCACUCACUACUUCAGUUUAUUUCAGUUCUUGGUUGUAAUGCUAAAAAAAUGUGGAAAGGUUUGAGGGAUAAGGGGAAAAUGCUAAGAUAAGGAACUUUAAGUGUUAACUGUUAACACUUCUCAACUGAGAAGGUGAGAUUAAGUAGAGGAUAUGAAAUGGGACUUUCCAGUUGUUUCCUCUGUAUGAAGAAAAGAAAAAAAAAAAAAAAGAAAAAACUUGGUAUGAAGGUAUAUUUUUAAUAACACUAAAGCCUUUGAAAACUAGCAUCAAACUGUUUGUCAGAGCUUCAGAUGACUGUCAAAUGACCGUGUAAUGAGAACAACCUGAACUUUUCAUACUGAAGUCACUGUUUAUGCUUAAGGGCUCAGUCGACUGUUAAUCUGUCAGACAGUGAAUUCAUAAUGCAAGUGGAUUUAUCUCUUUAUUUUAAUCAGCCUACCAAGAUAAAACCUGCUACAAUCACAGCUUCACUUCUUUUUAAUCAAAUCCAGUUGCAUUUUAGCCCUUGGUUCAGUGUGAGGUUUUUACUGGUUUAAUAGCUUAGCCAGCGUCCCCCCUCCUUUCAGACACUCUGACUUCUCAUUUUACCAAAUGACAAAGUAUGAUCAUGCUGCAGCUCACACACGUUGCCCUUAUGCCUUUUUGUAGAAAUGCUGUAUUUUGGAAUAGUAUUGUAUAUGUUUAUUUAUAUCUACUGUUUUUUAUUUUUGUGGGAAUGGCUUUCUGUUCUCGGUUGAUGCGGCUUUCACUGUUUUGUAUUCAGUGCCCAGUUUAGCAUUUGGCGCCAUGGAGUUGUGCAAGGUUCUCUACCAGCCAAACACUGUUUCCCUCUACACUCUGUUUUCUCCUAUAGAAAAUGUGAAAUCCUUCACUGAAAUCUUAGUUUGAUACAUUUUAGAGUUUUGUUUGAUAGUUAUGAAGUGGUGUGAGAAAAAGAAUGAACACUGGUUCCUUUCUUGUUAAAAUUUUAAGGUUGUUGCUUGCCUUUUUUUUCCAUUUAUUUUUCCUCUUCUUUUUUGGGAAUCUUCAUGUAACAGCAAGUGUACAGAGUUUUGUAAUAAAAAAAAAUCUAUUGAUCUGA